AUGUCUGAACCGGGAAAGCAGUACUUUACAUUUAACGCACAGGACAGCCGGGAAGUUUGUGCUUUUGAAGCCAUCUCAUGGGUGUGUGAACCAGCAAGUGUGAUAACUAUCAUGAUUCGUAAUCAGAUUUACGGUAUGUACGGUAGCCAUUACGGUCACGAGAUUACGGUCGGUCGACGAUGGGCCGAUGGCGCGCUGGUCGACGUGCUGACAGCACAGAAGUUUCGCUCAUCGUCGUCGCCGGUUGCGCUUAAAGAAGAAGCAGCAGUUGAGCGCUGUGUUGCCUCGUUGGGCGGCCAGCAGUUAGGCCGGUCGAAGGGCAUAAAUAUGUGUGCAACCAAGCGAGGCAAAGAGACUCGCGUUCCUCUCUGCUCACAAGGCUUUCUUCGAGGCUGA